CGUCUGAGAAGGUUCGUCGACAUGCAGAGCUGUACAUUCUUAGUCCUGGCGGCCGUCGUGGCCAUGGCACUGGCAGAGGGCCAGUUUUACGUGCCUCGUUCGUACUACAUAAUCGACGCGGAAGGCCACGAGUCAGCGCCGGUGCCGCUGCGACGUCUGCGCCGCUCUCUGCAGCCCUACCCCUACUCUGCCGGAGCUAACGCUAACGCAAAUGCCAACGCUGAAGCAUGGGGAGGAGCGAAUGCUAACGCGAAUGCCAAUGCCAAUGCCAACGCCAGAAGUCAAGGAUGGGGCGGAAAUGGCGUGCCGUCCGGCUACUACGGUGCUAGCAAACCUGCUGCUUUGAAUGCGGGACAGUCGCGACGUCAAUCUGGGCCUGUCACUGGGGCUCGCUCCGUGCUAUCCAGCUCAUCAGUAGGCGUGGACUCUUCGGGCAAGGGAUAUUAUGAUCAGUACACCUCCGUAGGGAACUAAAUGUUGAUAAAUAUUCUUGGCUCUUUGGAAUAAGACCGCACUGCGGUUAUUUUAUUUUAAUGACCACCAUGACGGUAUUGUGAUUUCAGUUUCAAAUACUAGAUACAAAACGUAAACUAACAAUAAAUGUAUUUAUUUAUUUAUGCGGAUGGAUGAGUGUUUAAAUAAAAACAAAAAAUGUU